AUGGAGCCGAAAAACAAUUCAGCUUUAAGAUGUUUGUCUACACGGUGGAGAAGUGCAACUGUCAAGCGGGACGUCGAAGAUCUCGCCAAAGAAUACGACUACAUUGUCGUGGGCGCUGGCACAGCAGGCACAACAGUAGCCGACCGGCUUACCGAAAACUACACCAAGACCGUCUUGAUGAUCGAGUAUGGCUCCCUUGCACUAGACGACUCAUUCGUGCCACCGUGGAACGUUCCAGCAUCAGAGUUUCUCUACAAUAUCACAUCAGUACCGCAACCCAAUGUCAACAAUCGAACUUUCCCCGUCAUCAAUGGCCGUGUUGUCGGCGGCGUCAGCGCAGUCAAUGGGUAG